UCUUUAUAAUUAGAGCUCGUAAGUUAUUAGUGAACUCCCUUUUCUCAAAUAUUUAAAAGGAGAAAAAUGGUGAAAUUUGGAAAAUAAAAAGCGAAUGGAAUUAGAAAUCGAGAGGAAGUUUGAAGAGAGAGAAGGAGUGCUGCUGUGAUCGACCCGUCGACUUCAUUCUCUUCAACGCGAAUACGAAAUCGAGCAGAAAUAACAGCAAAGUAAGCAGAGGGCACAGUAGAAAGUUUGGAGCGUUUCGAAUUUUGAAUGGGGGCAAUUUCGAACAAUGCUACUCUGAACUUCGAAAGAUCGCCGGACUCAGUUCUGGAUCUGGGCGAGGGUUUCCUCAAGUUCGGGAUUCGAUUCUAGGGUUUUGACCGCUGCCCUUUCAAAUUCUCGAGGUUGGAGCUCGAGAUUUUCUCUCUAGGGUUUUUAAGUUCAAAAACAUGUGUUUUCCCUCUGUGUUGUUCAAGUCAGCUUCUACUGUUCAAUUCAGGAGUUCAUUCUUGUUAGUUUUCAGAAAAAGGCAAAAGCCCUAAAGUUUUGGCAAAGCCCAGAAACCAAGUUGCGUCAAAUUGCUUGAUCUUACAGAAAAGAUCAAAUAUUUAUAUGGCGACUGUUUAAUGAGAGAUGAACACUCGGAUCAAUCUCGGGGACUUAAAGUCCCAGAUAAUCAAGCGGGUGGGUCCGGAUCGAGCUCAGCGCUACUUCAGCUAUUUGAGUAGAUUGCUCUCUCAAAAGCUGAGUAAAGUUGAGUUUAACAAGCUCUGCCUUUUGACCCUUGGGCAAGACAACAUCCCCUUACACAACCAACUCAUCUUCUCCAUCUUUAAGAACGCUUGUCAAGCUAAAGCACCCCCAAUGUCAGCAUCAGUUGUUGUUGAUAAUAAUGCAUUGAAGUUGUCCAAUGGGGAGAUUUCAAAGAGAAACAGAACAGGCGGUCAGAGGAUUAAGGAUCGACCGAGCCCUCUAGGUCCUAAUGGGCGAAUAGAGUUUGUGUUGGCAGGUCAUAGUGAGGCUGUUGUUAAGGAGAAUGGUGACUUAGUGGGCAUAUGUGGUCCUAGGAGAUCAGUUCAGAAUAUAGAAGAAGUUUCAGCGGAGCAACCAGCGAAGAGGUCAAGAAUAGCAGAGGACUCAUCACUGAGAUCAGUUACAGUGGAUGAUAUAAGGGAGGAGUUUGAACAGAGGAAUGAUUUGAAGUCAGCAGCAAAAGUUCCACUUCAGGCUCCUCUUGGUAUCCCUUUUUGCCCUCCAAGUGUUGGCGGAGCUCAAAGGCCUUUGACCUUAGACUCUACCAGUAGUAGCUUUGAUAAUGGUGAAUUGUGCGAUUCUGAGGAUUUGAGAAUGCAUAUGGAGAGAAUAGCAGAUUCUCAAAGCCUAUCCAGCGUGACCGUGGACUGUGCUAAUUUGUUGAAUAAUGGGUUAGAUGUGUAUUUGAAAAGACUGAUUAAGUCAUGUGUUGACUUAGUCGGAGCAAGAUCAGGGCAUGUUCAAAUGAAUACGCAAGUCUACAAGCAACAAGUUCAAAGUAAGCCUAUAAACGGUAUCUGGCAAGGAAACCACAUGCAUGUACAAAGUGACGGUCUGCAUCGCUCUAUAUCUUUACAGGAAUUUAGGGUAGCCAUGGAGCUAAAUCCACAGCAACUAGGAGAAGAUUGGCCAUUGCUACUUGAGAAGAUUUGCAUCCACUCAUUUGGAGAAUAAGAUAGAUCAAGAUCAAAUAGUUGGUCUACUUCAGCCAAAGAGCUAUUCAAUGCGACUCAAUAAAGGCAGAAAUGCUCUGAUUGAAAGAUUUCCCUGUAAUGUCCACUGGGGAUUCGACGAGCAGAAAACUUCUGGAGAUUCAUGCCUGUCUGUUCAAAGUAAAGCAGAAACUUCGGACCAAACUGCUUGGUCCUCUACAAUCAGAUGCCUGCAGUUUCUUGUAAUUUGUAGCUAAUCCAGGGUGACUCCAAGAAUGACAGUUUUGCAGGAAUACUAUUAUGUAACUUAUACGGUUAUAGUCUGUAAGUUUCGCAGGUAGCGGUGUAUGUAGUAUCAACUGCGGAAUUGCUUAGAUGGUUUUAAUACCGUCUUCACUGAAUGUUUCAGAUUAUUUUAAUUUGAAUUUUACAAUUAUUUGAUUCCUUUUA